AUGCGCAGUGGCGACUCGCAGUCGACCGAGGACACCGCCGUCGACGCCGACCCGCUCGCCCCCCAAUGGUCGCUCGACCGCCUUUCGCAAAUCGACCUUGGGGAAAUGCUGGCGGUGACGACGAGGGUGCUGUUUUCCAAUCCCGAUUUCGGCUAUAUCCUUGCUAAUGCCCUGGGAGACAACUAUGCGUUUCAUCGCUAUGCUAACGGCACCGUUUACGGGCUGAUGCCCACGGUCCCCGAGGUGACGGCCCACCUCAAAUUGCUCCGGGCCUUCCAAGAAUUAAAGCGUUCUGUAAGCGGAGACGACUGUGAAACACCUCAGCUGAUUAAAAAAUGGCAAGUGUUUGUGUCUCAGGCGGUUCGGAGGUUCGUCAUGUUCAUUACUGGCCUACAACGACGACUCCAGAAACCUACCAACCCGAAGUUUAAUCAACUGGAAUCAGCAACGUUUGACGACGCCAUUGCCGUUGAUCCUGAUUUCGUCACGUUGAUCCUGACGCUGUUGCCGCCGUUGGACGUGGUGAUGGUAUGGCACGCGUUUAUGCUUUCUCCGCGACUGUACUACGACCACUUCGCGAGAGCACAAUUCCUUCAAUUUGCAUUGAUGCCGAUGCCCGUCCACGUGAUUGCCGACGCCAUUGACCCGAUCCUGUUCAGUUAUCGCCCCAGCCAGCAAGUGCGCGAUAACUAUUUGGAGAUAAUUAAUGCGGUGGGAUCUCACCCCACGGACUUUAUCUACGAUAUUGAGGCUCAGGACACUAACGGAUUGGUAGUAGAUGUAUACUGUCCCAUUUGCGAUAAGCUCAUCACCAAGGCUCCGUUGUCUAAUGACGAAAAUACGGGGUUUGCCGACCGCGACUUCGAGUGCCCCAUUCCGGAAGAUCUGCCGUGCCAACACAAAAUCGCCGGCUCGAUAACCCACGCCGAGCUCCAAAAACGCAUGCUUUACGCCGACGUGCUCCGCCGGCGCCCGUUAGCGGGGCUUUUCAAGUACUUUUCCAAUCGCAUCUGUCUUGACCGCCAAAAGAGUAUGCGCUCUGACUCUGCACAACGCCAGCUCCAAAAGCGAGUACUGAAACUCGUGAUGCUGCCUCAGUUUGUCCGUCGCUCAUUGACGGAGUUUAUGAAGCAUGAAUUGCCUCGUUUCUGUGAGAAACCUAUCAUUACUCUACUCCGCACUUACCUCAUGGCCAACCCCUUACAUCUCACAGUGGACGGCCUGUUCUCAGUGUGGGACGACUUGGUUGGGGCAGUGCUUCGCCAAGAGCGGUUCACCGUGAAAAUGACCCAGCUAGACUGGCUCCACAACCAGCUCCUCAAAAAGACGAUCGCCGAGCUGAUCAUCCGCUACCUGCGCUACCUAAACUUGCUCACCCGCACCGACCACCAGCGGAUGCUUGUGCCCACGUUGGACAUCGAUCUCAUCUGGCACACCCACCAGUUGUCGCCUUACUUCUAUUAUCAGGAGUGUAUGCUGUCGCUGUUAGGCGCCGUCAUCGACCACGACGAUAAGGUCGAGGAAGCGAGACUCGACCUGGGGUUCAAGGAUACCGCCCUGCUCUACUAUACCAAGUUUAAAGAGCCGUAUCUCAUCUGCUUUUGCAAGUACUGUCUGCAAAUACGCCACACUCAGCAGAAACUGCCCGGGGUCCAGAUCCUUCUGACGCUAGGGAAAAAACCACCGGGCCAACACGACCACGAACUAGCGCAACACCCGUUAUUCCUGCCGCAAAUGGGACUCACCCAUAUCUCCCAUCAUAACGCUAUCGCUAUGCCCACCUAUUCGGCUCGCCAGGCGCGAAAGCACUUGGAACUGCGAUAUAAAGGUCAGUUGCCGUGGGCAGCACCUCAACCUGGUUCGCUGGUGGCACUGCUGCUGGCUAAUUCAGGGGGAAACCCCGUUUCAGUGGCAGGAGCCGAGUACUACGUGCUUCCUCCAUUUGCACCCAUCCACUUUGAUUCGCGCCAUUUCUACGAGGGAUUAUGUUGUACGAUAAGAGAUCAGGGUCCCAAUUGUCUGGGAGUGAGUGGGUGUAGCGGCAGUGUGGGUGGGGAUACCGGUAACGGCCAACGGAUCGUUUAA